AUGCACGUCAACUCCAGUUCAAAACGGUGCGAACUGCGGCGAGGUGGCGACGGUGAUACCGGCCUUGUAGCCCUGGAAUUGCCUCUGAACCAAGCAGUUCAUCCCAGCGAUAUUGCCACCGACAACGAUAUUACGUCCAAGCCUCCACCGAGUGACGGGUUAGCUUCCUACGCCAUGUUUGUAAAGUGGGUGCUGCUGUCUCCAACGUCCACGGUCGAAGCCGAGGGGUCUUCCAAGUGGCCGUCGGAUCUCGACGCAUUAGAAGAACCAGCGCUUGCUGAAUCAACGUCUCCAACGUUUGCCACGACCACCGACGCCAAGAUGGCGCGAGCGUCCGUUGAAGCGGACAACGAAGCUCUGGUUGACACUUUGUUCGACCUGGAGCGCGAAAUCGAGGCGUUUGAUGCUGUGUUGGCGCAGCUCGAGCAUGAUAAAGCCAUGGACCAAGGGCAACUCGAGCAAUGCGAACGUCACCUCCUCGAGCGUUUAAAAGAGCGAGACGACACAGUUGCCGAGCAGUUUGCGUUGGAGCAGCAGAUUGCCCAAGUCGAGCGACUCGGUGUGUCCGACGAGAUCGUGGCCGCUACAAUGCAAACGUCGUCCAUCUCGUCCACGAUUCUGCGGCGAGGCAUGACCAAACUGAACCUACCAUUUGGUUGGAACUCCAAGAACCAGUCGACGACUGCGCCCCAAUCAGGAGAGCUCGAUGUGGAUCUCUACCAUGACACAACGCAAGUUCACAGAGACAUUGAGCUGUACGAGAAGCGACUGGCCCAUGAAAAACUGUCGCUGGCGGAAGCCAAGUCCGACUUGGACACACAAGUGUUUAGCAAUAGGUACAUGGCUCGACAUGGGCGUUCCAACUUUCCUCGGCAGGCUGUUGGCGAAGAAAGUGGCCAAGCUACAAGAAAGCCUCAACGCAUUUCUAGCCACCCAAGUGGAAGCAAAGGACGAUCUCGACCACAUGCAAGCAGCAUAUUCAGCGACGACAGCCAAGCUCAAGAUGGUCCCGAGGAUCGCCACGACCAUUCAACGAUCCAACAUUUCGCCAAAGACUCCUCAAGCGCGUGCAUCCACAUAA